UCUCCACAGCAAACGCCCAACGCGCCCCCUCUCUUUUGCAUUUCUAUAUUUUCUCAUAUCUCUCUCUCUCUCUCUCGACGACGAAAAUUUAGGGUUUGUCUUUCCGCUUUUCUUUCUUUUACCGAAAUUAGGAAUUUUCUUUUGGAAAUAUCGACAAGUUUCAAAACAUUUGGGUGGAAUUUUUAGAAAUAUUAUGUUUUAGAACUUUCUAGGGAUUCUUUGUUUUCUAAAAUUCUUCAUUUCUAGGGUUUGAAUCCUUUUAGAUUUUUAUUUUUUAUUUUUACUUCUCUUUUUAAAUCUUUAUUUCUAGGGUUUUGAUUUUGACUUGGAAUUAUUUUUCUUUAAGGUACUUUUGUGUUUUGGUGAGUGAGAUCGAUUUGACAUUUUGCACAUUUGUUUUUUAUCUUGUUUUCAUUGAUUCUGCAUAAAAUGCUGAUGGGUUUGGAUUGAUAUCAAUGGAUUCUGUGAUCAACAUCAGUUAGUUUUAUUUUUUAUUUUUUAUUUUUUUAUGUGAUUGAAUACGUAGUCAGUUUGUGGGGUUUUCUGCAUUUCCAUUGUUUCCGUCAAUUUCAUCAGUAUUUUGAAAUGAUGCUCGGAGAAUACAGGUCGGAGGGAUUUCGAAUAUCUGUUUGGAAUUAGGGGUUUUCUAAGUCUCUAAUGAUGAAGAGGCCGAAGAUUGAUGCCCCAAGUGGGCGACGAUUGAGAUUGUCCCACGUUCUGGUCGGCGUGGCAGCAUUAUAUCUUAUUUUCAUCACACUGAAGUUCCCUCGGUUCCUAGAGAUUGCUGCAAUGCUGAGUGGCGACGACAGCUUCGUUGGCCUUGAUGGAUCGGAUGGGGACGAUCAUGAUGAUUUGGACAUGACUAAGCACUUGUCUGGUUCGGUGUACCAGGACACCUUCCACCGCAAAUUGGAAGACAGCAGGAACCAGAAUGCCCCACCGAUGCCACAGAUGGAGCACAUCAUGCCUGUUCAGCAUCAUUACGGGCAGGUAACAGGUGCGAUAUUCAGGAGGAGGAACAAGACGAGCAGUCUCACAGAAUUGGAGAAGAUGGCGCACGAAGCAUGGACAUUGGGGUUGAAGGCAUGGGAAGAGGUGGAGGGUUCUGAGUUCCAGGAGAUCAACCAGACUGCUGUGGUCAAGGCGAAGCCUGACCCAUGCCCUUCUUCAGUGUCAUUGAGUGGUGAAGAGUUGGUGAGGGCGGACCAUAUCAUGUUUCUCCCAUGUGGGCUCGCAGCCGGUUCAUCGAUAACAGUGAUCGGGACGCCACAUUUCGCCCACCGUGAGUAUGUGCCUCAGCUCGUGAAGCUGCGACGUGGGGAUGGACUGGUUUUGGUUUCACAGUUUCAGGUUGAGUUGCAGGGGCUGAAGGCAGUGGAUGGUGAGGACCCACCAAGAAUUCUGCAUUUGAACCCCCGGCUGAAGGGAGAUUGGAGCCAGAGGCCAGUCAUCGAGCAUAAUACCUGCUAUAGGAUGCACUGGGGGACAGCUCAGAGAUGUGAUGGGAUACCAUCCAAGGAGGAUGAUGACCUGGUGGAUGGAUUUGGCAAAUGUGAGAAAUGGAUGCGCGAUGAUAUAGUAGAUUCAAAAGAAUCCAAGACUACUUCAUGGCUCAGACGGUUCAUAGGGCGUGCAAAGAAGCCGGAAAUGACCUGGCCUUUUCCUUUUGCGGAGGGUAGACUGUUUAUCCUAACUAUACGAGCUGGGGUGGAAGGAUACCAUAUCAAUGUUGGGGGUCGACAUGUGACUUCAUUUGCUUAUCGGACGGGGUUUACUCUUGAAGAUGCAACUGGCUUAGCAAUUAAAGGCAAUGUGGAUGUGCAUUCAAUAUAUGCUACUUCUCUUCCACUCUCUCAUAGAAGUUUUUCAACCAAGCAAGUCUUGGAAAUGUCAGAAAAAUGGAAGUCUCGUCCUUUGCCAACAAAUCCAAUCCACCUUUUUAUUGGAAUUCUCUCUUCUACAAAUCACUUUGCAGAACGAAUGGCGGUUAGAAAAACCUGGAUGCAAUCUGGCCCCAUCAAGUCAUCAGAAGCUGUGGCCCGAUUCUUUGUUGCCCUGAAUCCAAGGAAGGAGGUCAAUGCAAUGUUGAAGAAGGAAGCAAAUUAUUUCGGUGAUAUUGUGAUUUUGCCCUUCAUGGACCAUUAUGAGCUCGUGGUUCUUAAAACAAUUGCCAUCUGUGAGUAUGGGGUUCACAACUUGAGUGCUGCAUACAUUAUGAAAUGUGAUGAUGACACAUUUGUUAGGGUGGAUACUGUAUUGAAAGAAAUUGAAGGUAUCUCUCCCAAGAGAUCGCUUUAUAUGGGUAAUCUUAAUCUCUUGCAUCGGCCACUCAGAAAUGGAAAAUGGGCAGUCACAUACGAGGAAUGGCCAGAAGAAAUUUAUCCACCUUAUGCGAAUGGACCUGGAUACAUUAUUUCAAGCGACAUUGCAACAUUUGUUCUCUCUCAACAUGUCAACCAUAGCCUAAGGUUGUUCAAGAUGGAGGAUGUGAGCAUGGGAAUGUGGGUGGAGCAGUUCAACAGCACAAACAACGUUCAGUACUCCCACAGCUGGAAAUUCUGUCAGUAUGGAUGCAUGGAGGACUAUUACACCGCUCAUUACCAAUCUCCGAUACAGAUGAUUUGUUUGUGGGACAAGCUGGCGAGAGGUCGGGCCCACUGCUGCAACUUUAGAUGACAGCAUGUGUUCCAGCAAUCAGGCCAGAGUUUUUUUUCUUUUUCUCUUUUCUUUGGCCAUUCUCAUUUCUCUGUAGCAUUGUAACAUUCAAUGCCAAUUUUGGAAAUCAGAAGAUGGAAGAGCGUCUUGUAUUCAGAGCGGUGUAUCAAUCACGGCUGCGGAUCAUUGCCAAUUUCCAAGUUCGACUGCAAUUCCAGCCACCCUGUAAAAGUAAAAAUGUAUACCGCGCGGUCUUGAUCCAUUUGUUGUUUGCAUUGUUGCUUGCUUGUGGAGUUGAAUUUUACAUCCCCCUUAUGUGGGACCCAUAGUUCUGUUAUACAGUCCAUUCUUAUUUGCACCACCAUGGAUGCAUGAGCACCCAAAAAUUGCAUAGAAUUAGAUGUUAUCAUACAAGGCUGCAAGCUCGGUUAUCAUACAGCCAACUGGCUGUAGGUGAUCAGUUCUGUUC